GAAUGAACUCCAGAUGAUAAACAAGGAAGUUUGUGUGAGUGUGUUUUGGUGACACACAGAGCUGUUGCACUUCUCAGAGCUGGAGAUCAUGAAUUCACUGCUGUGUUUUGGUGUGUUAGUGUUUGGAACAGGAGUGGGUUUGGGACAGAAGCCUCAUCCAUGCCGCACUCCUCCUCUGCUCUCUGGAAGUAUGACUGUGACUGCUAAAGAAGGUCAGGAUUGGGUCUUUGCUAAAUAUCGCUAUGACGCUUUCGGCCAGCGCAUUCGUUUAUGGGAAUUUGGUAAAUCUGACAGCAAAACAUUUCAUCUGAACAUGCUGUUCCUCUUCCGAGAGGGUGUGGUUUACAACAUCGACUACAGAAACGAGACGUGUCAGAAGAAUGUUCUCCACACGACCUUCCACCCGUCAGAGGUUCCCCACAACGCCUCGCUGCUGUCACAGGUGAUUCUGGGCGGUUCCUCUGCGCCCGGUGAAGGUCUGCUGGUCAACACCUGGACGGGUGUCUUACCUGAGACUCAAGGUAAAUAUUUGGCUACAGUAACAGAGUUCGGCUGCAUCCCCGUCUCAUCAUUAUACUACACACCACAGACGGGCUGGGUCGUCACCAGCUUUUUCAACGCAGUAACAGGAAUCGAGGACCCCGAGCAGUUCAUUCCUCCGUCCUUCUGCACAGACGUACAGACAGAAGAAGAGACUCUCGAUUUCUUCAGUGCGUUUCUCUAAAAGAAAUCUGGUUAACUUUCAUAAAACUUCAUUUACACUAACAGACACUUGUUAUAUUCUUGUCAAAUGGUGACGCUGGUCUUGUCUGAUUUUAGAAUUUAGGGCUGAACUGUUUUGCAGCAGUGUGACCCUAAAAUAAUUCUGUUAAGGGAAAAAAUCAUUUAGCAUUUGUAAUCAUCUCUAAAGGGAAUAAAAUCUUUCCUCCAACAA